GUACUUCCUUUUCCUCUAAUUUAACUCGAUUAAUCACUUUACUAUUUUCUAACAUCUUUCCUUAUGCUUAAUUGCUACAAAUUAACAACAAUUUGCGUUUUCUCAAGAUCCCCCUUGAGAAACUCUGAUAAAACCAAAUCAACUAGAAAGUUGAUUACCUUUACUAAGAUUCUCGAUAAUCAUACAAAUCACAUUAAUCAAUUCUUAAAUCAUUCCAAUUCCUCCAAAACUAACAAUCUAUUCAUCCAUCAACAAUAUCAAAAGUAUCAGGAACCAAACAUUUAUCAAUUUAACGAACAAUCUAAAUAAUCUUAGAUAUCAAUACGUCUCCCUACCCAUUGUGAUAAAAAUCAUUAACUUACCGAUUAACCAAAUUAACUUAAUCACCAUAAACUGACUGAAUAUUCAAAACAAAACCCAAUAUGAAUAGACUAAAAUUAACACCAAUCGAUAAACUAAAUUGUUCAAUUGAACAAUUUUGUGAAUUGAUGAGCGGAAACAAAACUGAUCGCUAACCCAUUUUAACAAAAAAUUAUCUUCGAACAAAAAAAACUAAUCAAUAUCACUAAAAAUAUCAUAAAUUAUCAACAAUUCUGAACAAUUGGUUCCAAUUAACGAUUCCAAGAAAAGGAAAGAGAGAGAGACACCAAAAAAAAACACCAAACUCUAAACGACGAUGAAGAUAAACAUUAAUUUGGUGAGAGUUAACAAUCAGUGAACAGAUAAUAUGAUGAAUCAAUCAACCUGAGAGCAUAAACAUUACAUCAAUUAAUAAAUUGUUGUAGUAAUUGUGACACUUUUUUUGCUCGUUGUUCUAUCAAUAUAAAGUAUCACUUGCUAUCCCUGGUGAAGAUCAGUUAACGUGUUGAACUGAAUUAACUGAACCAUUGAUUUUUCACCAACACCACAAAAGAGAGCGAGAGAUACACACACACUUAACUUGCCGAACACACAAUUAACUCUAACAAUUAAAAAUAUCUUUCUUACCUCCCAUUUAGAAUGGAACAUGAAAAAAAAAAUAUUCCUUCCUCUUCCUCUUUCUUUUUCUCUUUCUUUUUGUUAGAAUUUUCAAUCUUCCAAUUCACAUCCCGCCUUUUUCUCGACUCUCUUUCUCUCUCUCUCUAACCAAAUUGUCGAUAUUCUCUCUUAAUCAUCGUUAACAGAAUCAGUUGAACAACAGACAUUUGUUGUUAACAAUUUAAAUUCAUUGUGUUAAUUCACUUUGAUUUUUGUUCUAAUUGUAAAUCACCUUUUCUUCUGUGAUUAUUGUUUCUCUCUCUCUCCCUGUGGUCACUCAUGGCACCGAAUGCCGGAUACAAGGAGAUAAAUGUUGUCCAUCGAACAUCAUCCAACUCGAAUAAUAAACAAAAUGGUUCCUCAGUUAAAAAUGUAAAUCGACAAUCAAAUAACAAGAAAUCUAAAUCAUCUAAAUCAUCUGCAUCUUCUUCAAAGAGAUGGUCAGUUAAUACCUGGAUGACCAUUUUCUCUCUAUUCUUCUUCAUCUCUGGACUUAUCUUAUUCUAUAUUCCAAUUGAGAGAUUGAUUAAAUUACAACAACAACAAUCAACUGUCCAAGAAAAAGAGGAUUUCAAAUGGAUGGUCACUACCGAUCAACAUGUCGGCCCUCAUGUUUUCCACCAUGAUGUCCCAUGUCAUAAACCAGGUUAUCGUCGGGAAAGAGCCUAUGGCGCUGAACCUCAGCGUUGUGGUACUUUAAUUUACGAUGAAUUGGUACCAAUGGAAGAAGCAAUUAGAUUAAGACAAAUGGCCGCUAAAUUGGUUUACGAAAUCGGGGAAACUAAUCCAUACUCUCGAGAAUCAACUAAUCUCCAUUGGGUUAAUCUUCACACUGUCUUCAAACGAGGAUACAAGGAAAAGGUUUUCAAUGAGACCGAUUUCAAGUUGAUUAAGAAAACAUCAGAACAAGCAAAGACUGUGAUAGCCGAAACUUUCGGAAUACCAAGAGACGCAUUACACUUUACAACCGUCGCUCAAUUUACUAGAUAUCGACCGAUGACCCGUUACUCUCAAUUCCGACACGUUGAUAAGGUUCGAGUUCAAUCGUUAAUUGUUACCUCGAUUCUAUGGUUAUCAACUUAUGAUUAUGAUUUCGGCGGUGGAACCACAUCUUUCUUAACAGCUCCUGAUUCCAAGCCAUUUACUCCUUACAUUGUUCAACCUAAAAUCAAUCGAUUUGCAGCUUGGACUUCAGGCUGGGAGAAUCCUCAUGAAGUGAUGCAACUUCUUUGGGGUGAAAGAUUAGCGUUAAUCUUUGCGUUCACCGUUAAUCCCAAUCUUGGUGAAAAGAAUAUGGAAUCACUAAGAACUUGGGCUCAAGCUUUACCAGAGAAUCCAUUCCAUGCUUAGAAUGACAAUCAAUCUUUAUGAUUGAUGAAUAGAAAAUUUCAAUUUUCUAAUUCCAUCUAAAUAUAACAUGACAUGUUGAUCAUUUAAGAAACUUGAUCAAAAAAAAGGUUCAUAAUCAUCAUCACCAACUCUUUUCAUCGUGUUUGUCAUUAACCUAAUCAUCACUUUGUUUCUUGAAUGUGAUUUAUGUGAUUGAAAAGAUCUGUAAAAUAAUUUAUUCUCAUUUUUCUCACAAAUUGUUAAAAAAAGUUGUUUUUCUCACCUAUUCUAUAUUAAUUGUUAUCGUUCAUAAUUGUUGUUAAUCGACUUAACAUCUCACCACAAAAUGACAUUAAAUCCUCUUUUCCCUUUCCAAUAA